AUGAUCUCCUGCCCACAAGAAAUAAAUCUUUUUAAGAAGAAAGUUAUUGAUGAUCCAAACUGCCCGAUAUGUCUACAGCAGGUAGAAAGCAUUGAACAUGUCAUCUGGGAAUGUGAGGCAGCAAGAGAUGUAUGGGGACUAUACUCUAGGCAGCUACAAAAGAGGAGCAUAAGGAAUCAAUCUUUUAGAGAACUGGUAACCAAUCUCAUGGAGGUUCUAAAUAAAGAGAUGCUUACUGAAAUGGCAGUAGUAGCAUGGAGACUAUGCAAGAGAAGAAAUGAAGCUAUCUUUCAAAAGGUUUUCACCAGCCCCUCGAUCUUAUGGAGACAAAUUCAUCAAAAAUUACAAGACCUCAGUCUCCUGAACCACAAACCUCCACAUUCAAGCUCCUCAAAUGUCAUGGCCAACUCAAUGGACCAGUGGAAAGCACCCCUUAUUGAUCACUACAAAAUCAAUUGGGACGCUGCCAUUGACCACAAGAAUUGUCGAGUGGGCAUUGGCACAAUCAUAAGAAACUGGGAAGGUCAAGUCAUGGGGACCAUGAAGAUGAACAGGCCCCUUUAUCCUGAUCCUUACCUUGCAGAAUCAUAUGCAGCUUUGCAAGCUACUUUACUGGGCGUUAACAUGGGACUUAGGAAAAUAAUUCUGGAAGGAGAUGCUCUCAAAGUUGUCAAAGAGAUAAAUGGAGACAAUGAGAAUUGGGGACAGGCUGGGAUGAUCAUCUCAGAGGUAAAGUAG